UAGCCAGUGACUCGGUGCCCACUUGUCCAGCCAGAAACAUGUGGGGCAGCCAAAAGCAAAAGCAUAUCUUGGGGCCUUUGCCCACCCCACUCCACCCAUCAUCAUCUUUUUCUCUUGAAUUUUAUAUAUAAACUGCCCACAGGCUCCUGGAAACGUCCCCUCCCCUCCCCUCCUUUUCAUUCUCUGAUUCCUUCAUUCAUUUAGCUUGUUGCUUAAUCAGUGAUGGAGAAUCCGGGUAAUCUGAUACACAAGGCGGCUGCCAUCGUUUUUGCAGUCAUGAGGUGGGUCUUGUCCUGGACUCUCAGACCAUCUACCAAUUCCUUUUCUUCUUCUCCUUCCGAUUCCAUGGUCCAGCAAACUCCUUCUGGAGAUCUCAGGGAAAGGCUAUCUAAAAGUUGCGAUACAUGUGCUGUGUGCUUGAACCAACUAAGGAAGCGAGACCAGGUGAGGGAGCUUGGGAACUGUUGCCAUGUGUUUCAUAGGCUAUGCAUCGACACAUGGAUUGAUCAUGGGUAUAAUAAGACGUGCCCACUCUGCAGGGCUCCUCUACUCACCUCCACCAGGCUGGGUUCCCAACCCAGUUGGGCCGUGGAGCGACUUCUAUAUCUCUUUGGGGACGAUCUGCUUAUCUGACGGCAUUGUCUUGUAUUAUGAAUGACUAAAAAAGAAAAUUGAGAAUUCCACUACGACAGGAGUAGAGAAAAAGAAAUCAAAUAUUUAUUUCUUUUA